AUGAGAGCGUUGCCGUCGCCAGUCAUGUCUGCCGAGCAACCAAUGUCGAGGACCAUGCAAUACAAAAAGGUGAUGAAGCCGUUAUUGGAACGUAAGAGGCGUGCCCGUAUCAACCAAUGUUUGGAGGAGUUGAAAGAGUUGAUGGUGACUGCCAUCCAAGCUGAUGGUGACAACAACGUUUCGAAGCUUGAGAAAGCUGAUGUGCUCGAAUUGACAGUGACGCAUUUGAGAAAGCUGGUUCAAAAGCAGGGUGAUGUCAGGGCUCCUGACCCUGCCGCCGCUGUGCAACGAUUUCAUGCCGGCUUCGCGAGAUGUGUGCAAGAAGUGGAUACUUUCCUCAGCUCAACUGCGUGCCAACAGGUUGCGCAGAGAGUUUCGUCAGAAGAGAAUAUGCAUCCAGCUACCCGUGGACUUAUGUCACACUUGCACGAAUGUCUCAUGGUGAUGGAUACGGCAGACAAAACCUCUCCCAUCCGUGUCACCACACCUGUUGCAGUUCGACAAGACCCAAUUGUAUCACCGCCACCAUCACCUUUGGCUGCUAUGGCUCCAUAUCAGAAAGCCUUGCACCGAAUGCGAGCUGCCUCAUCUGCUUCAACAUCGUCAUCAGUCGAUGAGACCAUGAUGAUGCAUGGGGAUUUUGCGUCUCGUGCUUCUCGCGCAGGUCUUCUCAUGCCAGUUCGUGUGUUGGUGCGUGACGAUCGUCGUGUGGCAUCUGGUGGUUUCUCGUCAGGUUCGGAAGAUGAUGAAGGACUCGAUUUGCGAGUGGGUGCGAAAAAAUCUUCGUCAUCUUCUUGUGCUUCGUCGUACGGAAGUCACGGCUCGUCAGGUCUUCUCAUGCCAGUUCGUGUGUUGGUGCGUGACGAUCGUCGUGUGGCAUCUGGUGGUUUCUCGUCAGGUUCGGAAGAUGAUGAAGGACUCGAUUUGCGAGUUGGUGCGAAAAAAUCUUCAUCGUCUUCUUGUGCUUCGUCGUACGGAAGUCACGGCUCGUCA